AUGUUGUCGCAAGCGUCGAUAUCUGCAACAUUUCUCCUCCUAGCGUCGCUCCCGUCCAGCACGCCCACCUGCUUCCUCCCCAACGGCACCGCGCACCAGGACGAAGGAACUUCGCGCUGUUCUUCCAUAUCUGGCUCCCCGCUCUACAACACAUGCUGCCAAACGCAAUGGCCGAAUCCACCGGGCGGCGAUGUUAUAAACGGCCCUACGGCGGAUGAAUGCAUGCCGAACGGGCUGUGUCAGAACAGAGGCUUCAGCAGCGCACCUGGCCAAGAGGCAGAGCCGUGGACGCACUUCUACCGGGUUUACUGUGCGAAUGCGAACUGGGAGGGUUGCUUGGAUGUCUGCAGAGACGGGAGAAUCAGGAUUCCAAAGGAACUUGGAGGCGACCAAGUAGCUUCUGCGAGUGCGGGGCUGGCAUCGCCAAGUGCUGGACCGGCUUCCUCACGUGUGGGCACAGCGUCUUCGAUCGGGAGCACGAUAACUAGGAGUGGGGCACCGGUAGCGACAGGGACGGGAACGGGCGAGGAACCCACGCCAUCGUCCGACGCAGCGAACCUAUCCGGCCAGAACGAAGAGCAGAAAGAUGAGGGCAAAUCGAACUCGGGACGCAACAUCGGUAUCGGCGUAGGUGUUGGCGCUGGAGUUGGUGCUCUGCUAGGUAUUGCAGUGACCAUUCUACUGCGAAGACGGAAGUCAAAGCAGAAGACUCGGGAGAUCGAGAAUGAGAUCGCGGAAGAGAGGCAGAAGCAGGAUUUAGCCAAAGGGUACCACCACGUGGCUGAGAUGCCGCAUCAGGAACCGGUAUGUCGAAAUGCUAACGCGGCAAGGGGUGUUGAGCUAACGUUGAGAUAG